CAAGCCGAAGCGGGUUUUGGGUUCAAAACAUAAACUUUCCGCAAACAGACGAAACGCUCCGGGGUUACUUGCUUUCUAGUCGGAAUUGUACUUCUUGUCCGUGAUUCAUAACGAUGUUUUACCACAUAUCGCUGGAACAUGAGAUUCUGCUUCAUCCACGAUACUUCGGUCCGCAGCUAAUCGAAACGGUAAAACAGAAGCUUUACACCGAGGUCGAGGGUACCUGUACGGGGAAGUACGGGUUCGUGAUUGCUGUAACCACUAUCGAUGACAUCGGUUCCGGUACGAUACAACCGGGCCAAGGGUUUGUGGUCUACCCGGUCAAGUACAAAGCGAUCGUUUUCCGACCGUUCAAGGGUGAGGUGUUGGACGCGACCGUAAAGCAGGUGAAUAAGGUCGGAAUGUUUGCCGAAAUAGGUCCACUGUCCUGCUUCAUCUCGCACCACUCCAUCCCGGCCGAUAUGCAGUUCUGCCCGAACGGUGCGCCGCCGUGCUAUCGGGCGAUCAAUGGGGAAAGUGUUAUAGCGGCGGAAGAUAAAAUUCGGCUCAAAAUCGUUGGUACGCGUGUGGAUGCAACCGGUAUUUUUGCGAUCGGAACGUUGAUGGACGAUUAUCUUGGCCUAGUAGGCAGCUAAUCAUCUGUGCGAGAUUUGUCAUCGCUCGAUAAAACCCCAAAAGGCGAUUUCUAUUUAAGAUAUGCAUUUGUACGUAAUGUUAAGGUUCAAAUAUAUGCACCACAAAGCAAGCUUU